GUGCUGACACAUGGGGGCGCACAAUAAAUAUUAUCACGAACGAUUCUGGCGCUCCCUCCAGACAAGCUGGCUGUUACGAGGUGGGAACUUGCUUCAGAAAAAGCUGUUAGCGUCCUGCCGCCCACGCACGCAGGAAGGCGCAGCCGGGAGUGGACGCAAGUUCUGGGAAGCCAGAAGAUCGCAGCGGAUCCCACGGCUCGCUCGCCGGGCUCGGCCUCGGCAGAAGAUGGCAGAUGAUCAACACUGUGUUGUGGAGCAAGGCGCUGGGGAUUCAGCAAGCGAAGAUGCAGUUGAUGCUAAGCCAGACCGGUCGUCCUUUGUCCCAUCACUCUUCAGUAUGAAGAAGAAAAAUGGCUCAGGGAGAUCAAUCAAGACCACCCGGGACCGAGUGCCUACGUAUCAAUAUAACAUGAAUUUUGAGAAGGUGGGCAAAUGCAUCAUCAUAAACAACAAGAACUUCGACAUAGUGACAAGAAUGGGCACGCGAAACGGGACAGACAAAGACGCUGAGGCCCUUUUCAAGUGCUUCCGAAACCUGGGUUUCGAUGUGGUCAUCUAUAAUGACUGCUCUUGUACCAAGAUGAAAAAUCUGCUGAAACAAGCUUCUGAAGAGGACCACAGAAAUUCAGCCUGCUUCGCCUGUAUCUUAUUAAGCCACGGAGAAGAAAAUUUCAUUUAUGGAACAGAUGGCAUGACACCAAUAAAGGACUUGACAGGCCUUUUUAGGGGGGAUAGAUGUAAAACCCUUUUAGAGAAACCUAAACUCUUCUUCAUUCAGGCUUGUCGGGGGACAGAGCUUGAUGACGGGAUCCAGGCCGACUCGGGGCCUAUCAAUGACACGGAUGCUAAUCCUCGAUAUAAGGUCCCAGUUGAAGCCGACUUUCUCUUCGCCUAUUCCACAGUUCCAGGCUAUUACUCGUGGAGGAACCCAGGAAGUGGCUCCUGGUUUGUGCAGGCCCUCUGCUCCAUGCUGAACGAGCAUGGGAAGAGCCUGGAGAUCAUGCAGAUCCUCACCAGGGUGAACAACACGGUGGCCAGGCACUUUGAGUCUCAGUCCGAUGACCCGCACUUCCACCAGAAGAAGCAGAUCCCCUGUGUCGUCUCCAUGCUCACCAAGGAGCUCUACUUCUCAAAAUAACCAUUCCAGGGGUGCAUUCUAGCUGAGAAGCUCCAGAUCAUUUGUUGAUGAAUCAGAUUGUUUUUUAAAGCUCUUGAAAUAUCCAUAAAUUCUAAAGGAUUUUAAUUUCAGGAAAAUUUAUUGAUUCAACAGGAAAGAAACUUUCUGGUGCUGUCUUACCUUCUCUGAAUUUUCAGAGGCGCUUUUUUUUUUUACAAUAUUAUUCAUUUGGUGACUUUGUAAUUCCCUCUUAAGGUUAAUUUUAUGUUUGUAUUUCUUUCUCCUUGUUGGACUUAGUACAUACAACAGAAAUAACCUCUACACAUGGCUCUAGGCUGUAUCCACUGUGAUUGGUGCUGACGUUGCUAGACAGUCAGAAUCAUUUUUGCACCUGGCAACAGAGAGUCCCAGCCCUGGACAAAAAACAGCCAACGGGAUAUUGGCCUGUAUUGUAGAAAGUGGGUACUGAGUGUGGUUUGAGUGAUUUUUCAUUGACUUAGGGCAGAUUCUCAUGCAAAAAUUCCCAGGUAAGUUAGAGGAGAAAAAAAAUGUAAUGAUUCUCAUAUGUUUCAGUCAGAAUCGAGUCGGGAAAACAGAAACCAUUCUAAGUGUUUCAACAGAAGGAAUUUAAUAGAGAAAAUUGACUGACUUAGAUGAUAAAAGAGAAGCCAAACAAAGGGAAGCUGUUACCGCCUAGGGCUCUGAAGAGGUGUAGUUCCCUGAGUCCAGAAGCUGGGGUCGUCCACAGGAGCUGGAACCGUAGGGGGGACUGCCUGUUGGGAGCCAGGACCACCAAGGGGUUGUGGAAAAUGGAGCCAUGGUAGGGACAAAGCCACUGCCUGAGAUGAGGCCAUGCCAGAUGUCAGACAUGGAGAAAUACCCUCGCUUCACCUCUCCUUCUGCCCUGGAGUUUUCCUCCAGCACCUUACCCUUCCAACCCUACCAGGAAGCCAAUGGCAAGAGUCCUGGGAAAGGUGAUUUCCUGCAGUACCGAGCAGAGCAAGGGAUAGUGAGACAGGGGAAGAACAAGAAAUGGAUAUAAGCCUGGCCCAUAAUGUGAAUACAAGUAAUCAUAUUCCCUGAUGUUCAGUAAUUCCUCCAUCCAAUCAUUUAUUCAUUGAGUUGUCAGAUAGUCUGUGUAUUGCGGCUAUGUGAAAAAUAAUCUGUUUUAGCUUUAAAAUAUACCUGGAACUUUUUAGAUUAUCCAAAGCCUUAUUCUGAGUAUAUUUUUUAUUACCUCUAAUUCUCUAAGCAGGGGAACAUUUAUAGCAAAGGCUUUUGCACUUUGUUUUUCAAGGUGAUGUUAUUUUUUGAAUUCUUGAUAAAUUACUGUUUUAUUCUGCCUGAUAACUGCUUAACAAACGUUUAUAUUUAUUGAUUAAAAUGUGGUUGCUUAAUUCCUAACCUGCUCAGUUUGCUUUUCUUUUGAAGUGUUUUAUGGCAGUGGGGAAAUGAGAAAACAGGAUAAGAAUUGACCCUACUGACUUGACGUCAACACAAAGUAUAACUCAUGUUUCUUUUGAAGCUGAAACACAAAUAAAAUAAUAAGUAAAUAAUCCCUUAGGAAGCUGAAACUCUUCACAUAAAGGGUUAAUCAACUGAUAAAGCUGUUUGUGAUGGGCUGCCAUUUAUUAAUUUGGUAACAGAAUCAGAUGGUGUAGAAGUAUCGUCUUUCAGUGAGAAAAUUAAUUUAGGGCCAGUUUACUAGACUUGUUCCUGGUUUCCUGCCAUCUAAAAUAUACCAAAUGUUCAAAAUUUAAGUGGAGAUCAUGAAUCAAGAAUCAACAAACAUCUACCCUACUAUUCCCAGAAUUCGCAGGCUGUUCUUUGGAAAAUUAAAGGUCCCUAUCAUAGAAAUAAAUGUGCCUACAUGCAUUGUAAUUUGAAGUAAAAAUCAUAGCACUCUAGUUUGUGUCGUAAACUUCAUUAAAG